GCCCGCAUCCGCGGCGAGACCUGGUACCCAAUCAAGGUUGACGGCAUUUCGAAGAGUGUUGUACUCGACCCGGCCGGAGGACCGAAGACCCUAAAGCCAGAAAUUGUAGCCAACUUCGCGACCGACAAUAGUAAGGACAACAUCGACUAUACAGCUAUGAAGGCUGUCUGGAUCAGUAGACCAUCAGACAAGGUUAACGGGUCGAUGAUUGCAGCCGCCUAUCUGCUGAGGAAGAUGACCGUCAUCUUUGGACCCACAGCUGGAUUCGCGGCCCCGUAUGAGGCAAAGGAGAACAACGACCCGUGCUUCAACUGUAACAGCUACGGCCAUUACCAGUUCAGAUGCACCAAACCCGCCAAUGCGGCCACUGCUCAGGGAACCACCAGAGCAGGGACUGUAUGGACAAAGGCGAACGUAGGGGCUAGGCCAGGCCCCAUUAUGAGCAUUUUCAACGACGAUAGCACGGCAACGUUCGACGCCAUGUGCAUCUCAGAACCAUACAUAUUUGCUCAUCCUAGGACAGGGGAACCCACAGUCAAUCAACACAGUGGGUGGACGACGAUUACACCGAAAACAUACAAUCAGGAGGCAAGCUCGGUACGAUUCUCGUUCCGAGCAGCGAUCUGGGUGUCAGACAGAAUCAAGCACCAGGAAGUUGAGACCACGUCGCCAGACGUAGCAGCGGUGACUUUACAAGUGGAAGGUGCGUCGAUAUUGCUCAUAUCGAUCUACGUCCCAUACAAGAGACCGCGGGAAGAGAUCGACCUACAGGAGCGUAUAGCGUGCGCCCAAGACAUUAUACAGAAAACCCGGGAGAAAACAGACAGCGCCCUCCACGUAUACGUAGGGGGUGAUCUCAACCGUCAUAGCAAUGUGUGGGGAGGGAAGGAAGUAGCGCCAGACAGAAGAAAGGACGACUGGCCCAUUUUACAAUUCAUGGUCGAAGAAGAAUUGGACUCUAUGCUCCCGAGAGGCACGAUCACCUUCUCGCACAACAACGGACUACACCCGACUACUAUUGACUUAGUCCUGGUGUCACCAGGACUACAGGCGGCUAUGAUCCAGUGCAAACCCUCCGAUACAGACCACGGAGGCGACCACAGGGUCAUAGAGGCCCGCUUCCAGAUGCCCUGGGAGAUUAGGACGACGAGGAGACUAGGGAGAAAUUACGACAAAGCAGACUGGGGAAACAUCUGCAAGGCAGUUAGUAUCAUACCUCGACCUCGACAGAUCUCGACGAAAGAGCAGCUUAACGACGAGGCCGAGAGGUUUGUUGAAGCGAUUACCCAGAUAGUCGCAGAUAAGAUCCCAUACGCCAAACCUCAUCCAAACGCAAAAGGUGGUGGACACCAUCCCUUACGGCACUCCGGCUUACACUUUCAUCUUUACGGAACCAGGAGACAGAACGGAGAAGGAGAGACUCAAACUGCAGGGACUUACAUCAACAGAUCCAAGCAUCAGAAGGCUGCCCACUGGAGGAAGUUUGUGGACAGCCCAGAGAACGUGUGGAAGGCCAACAGGUACACUCGCAUGGACGCAGGAUCUGGGGGUGUUCCUACGUUACAGGGAACCCAAGGGCCGGUCGACGACGAUGAAGGAAAAGCAACGCGCAUUGGAGCCCAGGCGAUAAUACUCUCGUUUAAGGCUACAGCCCUUACAGUGGCUCAAGCCGAAGCGGGCAUCGAAACCACAGUCGACCGGCUACAAAGGAAGGUUACUAACCAUUUGGUUAGGAGCCUUACAGUACCAAACACAAAUCCUUUAUUCGACUGCCUAACUAGGCUAUUCACCCAAGGCAAGAGCUUCCCGUCUCCGCUAGCUAUCACCGCGCGGAAGUUUGGCCCGGAUCUAGGCCUGACGGCCGAAAGCCUAAUGGAGACCGUAGAGCCAGUGCUUCAAGAACCGUGGACAGAGGGCGUCCCGGGAUGCCUAGUUAAGGGACUAGAAGACGAGGCGGAUGUAGUCAUUCGACGACUACGAUCGAAAGCAGGCAGGGAAGAGAGAUGCACAUUCUAUACUGACGCAGCACGGAAGAGCGGCGAGAGUGGCAUUGCAGUAGUGCAAGGGAACACUGGAAAGACUAUCACCCAAAAGCGACUUCCUAGAUGGGCAGCAGGCGACUCGACGGUUGCAGAACUUAUAGCCAUCGAGGCAGCGCUAGCAUAUCAAACAAGGAGAAGGCCACGCCCGAUAAAGACGAUCAUCGCGACAGAUAGCAAGCAAGCUAUCCGACAUAUCACGGAGGGGGCAAGCCCACACGGACAAUACGUGGUACGAUACAUCCGUAAGCACAUCGAUGCUCUUCAGGCCCGGGAAGGGGCAACGGUCACCUUACAGUGGGUACCGGCCCAUAAGGGGUGGUACGGCAACGAGUGGGCAGACAAGAAGGCGAAAAAGGCACUAGAGGAGGGACGGGGAGGGGGAAGGCCCUGCUACGCAACCCGC